AUGGAAUCCGACUUCUUUCCUUCUUUUUCUAAGCAUGAAUUUCUUCCCCAACUCUGUAAUGGCGUUUCUGUCAGAUACGAGGCAAGGAGAGGAUUACACGUUGUGGCUAAUCGCGACAUACCUUGUGGAGAAGUUGUAUGUCUCGAGGUUGGUAAAGUAGUGAAUCUUGAUGAAACCCUUUGUUGUUACUGUCUAAAGGCUCUCCCCACAAAUCCCACCAACUCUUAUUGCGACGAUUGUGUAGAACAGGAGAAGCUUUAUGGACCUUUCGAGCGACCUUUCAUGAAGAAACUUCAGGAACUUGGCAUGUUUCGAUUAGCUGUACACUUGGUGUUAUCCUAUCCUUUAGACGAAAUACUGUCAUCCUUAAAAACCGGAGAACUUCGGAAAGAAGGGUUUGAUAUCCUCACUGUGAGGUCCGAUUCCUUGGCAACUGCGCUUUCACUCCAAGUUGAUGAUUAUCCUGUAGAGCUAUCGGCAACAGAUCCAUUGGUCAGAGACAUCGUUGCUACGCUCGGCAAGCAUCCUAGUUGGAAAAUGAUACCUAGCGCUCGACGUCUCCCCGCUUUCCGCACUCUUUUGAAGCGCAUAUCUUCCAGACUCAUGAGGAAUGCACAUUCCAUUUACUUUGUCGAUUGCAUAGAACGCCGUUCCGAAGUAUCGCACAUACCCACUCCUAUACCUGCAGGGGUUGGUCUUUUCCCGGUUGCUAGUUGGUUCAAUCAUUCCUGUCGCGCAAACUUGAAUAGUUUCUUCUAUGAGAACAAACUGGUCUUUGUUAGUACUGGUAUACGAAAGGGUGAGGAAGUUUGUGAUAGCUAUGGAGUCUCUUUUUUCAAUCAUACUGCGCGAGAACGAUCUGAUUUCCUGGCUGGUCGUGGUUUCAGUUGCAACUGUUCCGUUUGUUUGACAAACGACUCCAUUGAUGAUAUGCUGGAACCUAUAAUAGAGCAUCCUGACCUAGUCAUAAAAUCUCUUCCAAACGUAACGGACUAUAGACAAUAUCGAAAUGCGCUUCCUGAUGGUCAUAAAAUUAUCGAAACAAUAGCGGAAAUGUAUGUAGGAUCAAUUGGCGGAAACGAUACGAAGGAAAGGUUGUUUUUAUAUGGCGAAGUGCUUGAGUGCCAACGUCGACGCGGAUUACACUUCUCGCCUGAGCAAAUAAGGAUUCUUUUGAACUGCGUCGUUGCAGAUUACGAUGCUGCAGUGAAAUCAUCGCGCAAAAGGGAGAAGUACAUGGAAAACAUGCAGGUUCAUCUGUUCGCAGCCCUGAUAAGAAUGCGAACCUUCUAUGGAAAACUGUAUCCUGCUUAUGAUGCUGCUAAUUCAGUUGCUGAAGAACUAAUAUUGAUGCAGGAUGAAGGAUCUUGUAAGAAUUUGGCAGAUGCAGUUGUAAAACUUCGCACAAUCUUGGAGUAUUUAAAACCAGCUUUACCAACGUUGGAAUGA